CUUAUUAAAUAGUUAGUUAUGAGUAGUGAAUUUAAAGUGAAGUUAGCUAGAGAGAAGCUUAUGGAGCUGCAGUCUAACCACAGACCUCUGCAGCACUCGACAGAGUCCAGCAUGGUCCGCAUUCUCGAGAUCCUCCAACACUACCACGCCAGCUUCCUCGUCAACUCAGACGAGGUGAACAGACUAAAAGCCGAAAAUAUGAAGCUAAAAGCAGAGGUGGAAAGACUCCAUUUCUCAUUGGAUGACGUCAGACACACAGUUAGUUCGGAGGCAGAGUUGAGACUGAAGUAUGAGCGGGAACUAGAAGACUACACGAGACUGAUUGCUUUGUUGAAAGAACUGAUCAACUCUGGCAAUACAAAUCGAGAUGGACAUCUGAGCGCAUUAGGUGACAAAGACCGAGAACUGCUGGACAUGGCUGCCUCGCAACACACUCUGAAACGAGAGAAGACAGUGCGACGCAGUAAACCGAGAAUCUCAGACAAAUGGAAUCGAACUCCAGACUUCAAUCUGGGUGCUCAUCGUUCCUGGUGCAGUGACGGGGAAACGAGCAGUCAGCCAGAGGGACUCUCAUCUGAAGAGGAUCUGAAAAUGAAAGAGAUCCAACGAAAGAGCAAAAGAAGGUCGAGUGUUCACUUACCAGAGGAGACUCCUAAACAGAAGCACGUGAGAUACGAGAACUCUAAUAAGUGGCCUCUGAGUGCGCAAGUGGGAAGUGCUCCUGUUCUACCCAGCGGGGGCUCAUCUUCGGCCAGUUUGGAAAGUUUGUCUGGAGGCGUAAAGCACGCAUUCACUAAGAAAACCAUUCUGAGAGCAGAAGACUGCACUCAGUGUGGGAAGAAACUGAAGUUUGGAAACGAAGCUCAAAAAUGCAAGAAUUGCAAGUUCGUCUGUCACACAGCAUGCAAAUUACAUGCGCUAACUCGACCAUGUCCGAAGAAUGUGACGAAUGACAAGAGGUCAAUAGGGGCUCUUGCGAACUUCUGUCCCAGCCAUGCACCCUAUGUGCCCCAAGUGUUGGCUGCAAUUGUGAAGGAAAUUGAGGAGAGGGGCCGAACAGAGUCGGGCAUCUACAGAAUCCCAGGAACACACAGGAUUGUGGGAGAUAUUAUGGACCAGAUUUCGAGGAACAAGACGCCCUACCUGUCUGGCCAUGAUGUGCACACAGUGUGCAGUGUUAUGAAGGACUUCAUCAGACGCCUGGAGGAACCCAUUGUCACAUACAGACUCCACGACCACUUCAUGGCAGUAGCAGACUUGCCACCCUCCGAAGCCACUUCAACGCUGCUUUCUCUCGUCUCGGAGCUUCCGCAUGUCAAUAGGGACACUCUAGCAUUUAUUAUGCUCCAUCUGAAGAGAGUUUCAACGUGGAAGCACUGUUCUAUGGGCACCGACAACCUCAGUAAGAUCUUCGGACCCACACUUAUCCGAAACUCUCUCGCAAGUGUGCAUUCAGACAACCAGAUGAUGAUUCUAGAGGAGUCUAAGCGACAUCCACUUGUGAUGCAGAGGUUGUUUGAGAUACCCGAGCAUUUUUGGAGUCAGUUCCUAACACCCAGCUCCAGUGGCGGUGUCCAACAUGACACCGAUGCAACCUCAUCUGAAUCGGAUAACCCUAUGACCCCUGGAGUUCCGCGGACUCCAGGAGCUGUUUUGAGGACAAUCAGUGAAGACAGACUCCUAGAUAGUGCUGGAACCGGAACUGAUUCAGAUACCCCUGUGAUGUACGGGCCAAGCAGUGCAGUUGCUCACAGGACCAGAUAUAAGAAUGUGGGAAUCACGAAAGGCUCCAGAUAUUUCACGUCUCCUUUGAGGUGACAGAGAAAAUAGAGCAAAGCACAAGGACUCGUCGUGCAGAUCAGAUCUGAUUCUGAUUUAGCGCCUGGAAAUUGUAUUGUAAUAUAGAAAUAGUUGUGGCGGGAAAUGCGCAUUAUUAUAACGGCUCUGCAAUGCUUCUCCAAAUGAAAAUAGUCUCUUCGAGAAAAGCUCUUCAAUAAUCUAUUUAAAAAUGAUUGCUGAUCAGAUAAGUGCUUCAACUUGGACGGUUUCUUUUAUGAGUCCUUUUUUCUAAUUCACUUGGAAUCCUUAAAUAAUAUGUUAUAGAUAACAUUUUCAUUUGGGGAAGCGAGUGUUGUUGAGCUCGGUUUUAUUGCUGUAUUCUAAAUCUACCCUCUGUCGUUUAGAGUCUGGCGCGUUUGUUUUGCGAUUUGAUUGAACAAAUUUGAGUAACCGUGCAUCAGUAUUUAACAAAUUUUAAGUUUACUUCAAUUUACUUACACCCUUGUGGUCUGAAAUUUGUAUUAUUUUAAACGUUUUUUGCUGUGUUUGAUUUCAAUUGUUGUGAUGUUGAACUUGGAUAAAAUUUAAGUCAAUUAAAAUGUUUUUUGUUUUG